AUGGACUCUUUCAACUACAGUGACUUCAGACCCUUGCUUCUGACCGGCUUUCCAGGCCUAGAGGCUUCACAUCCACAGAUCUCUGUCCUCUUCUGUAUUCUCUACCUGAUUGCCAUUGUAGGUAAUGGUUUAAUCCUGGUGGUGAUCUGGCAAGAACAGUCACUCCAUGAGCCAAUGUACUAUUUCCUUUCCAUGUUAGCAGCCAGUGAUCUAGGCCUUUGUGCCACCACCCUGCCCACCCUGCUCAAGCUCUUCUGUCUCAAUGCCCGCCAGAUUGCUUUUGACUCCUGCCUGGUUCAGAUGUUCUUCAUUCAUGUCUUCUCCCUCAUGGAGUCAGGCAUCCUGCUGACCAUGGCUUUUGAUCGAUAUGUAGCAAUCACCAACCCACUCCAUUAUACAACCAUCUUGACCAAUGCUACCAUCGUCAAGAUUGGCUUUGGCCUCUUGCUUCGGGCAACUGCAGUCAUCCUGCCAGGACCGUUUCUCAUCAAGCGACUAAAGUUCUGUAAGUCCAAUGUCCUUUCCCACUCUUACUGUCUUCACCCAGAUAUUAUCAAACUCUCCUGCUCUGACCACCGUAUUAAUAGCAUCUAUGGCCUCAUCAUCAUCCUUCUUACUUUUGGUCUAGACUCUGUGCUCAUUCUUCUCUCCUACUUGAGAAUCCUGAUCACAGUGCUGGGCAUUACUUCCUAUGAGGAGCAGUUCAAGGCCUUCAACACCUGUGUCUCCCACAUCUGUGCUGUCUUGAUGGUCUACAUUCCCAUGCUAGGUGUAUCCAUCAUCCACCGCUUUGGGAAGCAUGUCCCACCUGUUAUUCACAUCCUCAUGGGUUAUGUUUACCUGCUAGUCCCCCCUGUGCUCAACCCCAUUGUUUACUGCAUCAAGACUCGUGAGAUCCGCACACGAAUCCUCAGGUUCUGUCGGACAAAAUAA